UCUAUCUUUUUUGUUGAGAUUGGGUUAGCUUUUUAGAUUGUUUUCUUCUUCUUCACCGUCUCUUUUUCUCUCAAAAUUCUCUUUUUUCUGCCCCAAUUUCUGGUAAGCAUAGUAACAUAAUUGGUGAGGGACUGAGGGCAAAACAAAGCAACGCACCUCAAUCCUAUAAUACAAUAAUGCAGCGUGGGGAAAGAGGAAAUGAUUUCUGAGAGCUGGCUGCCAUUUUGCAUAUCUAAUUAGUGGGAAAUGAGAGGUCCGGGUAAACUUGAGGUGUGGAAGAUGGGCUUUGUCAAUUACUUGGAUGCACUUAAGCUGCAGGAGAAGCUGGUAUCUGAUAGAAAAUUAUGUAGGAUACCUGAUACUCUUCUGUCCCUGCAACAUCCACCGAUUUAUACCCUUGGAAAGCGGCGAACCGAUCACAAUUUGUUAUUACCUGUGUCUGAAUUGAAAAAUAUAGGAGCUGAGCUUCAUUAUACGCAAAGGGGAGGAGACAUUACAUUUCAUGGUCCCCAUCAAGCCAUCCUAUAUCCUAUUAUUUCACUUCGUGAAAUUGGGAUUGGCGCUAGGAAUUAUGUGGAGAAACUUGAGUCAACUAUGAUUGAAUUAUCAUCCUUGUAUGGCGUGAAAGCUUGUGCUGGCCAAAAGGGUGAGACAGGAGUUUGGGUUGGAGAAAGAAAGAUUGGUGCAAUUGGUGUCCGGAUAUCAUAUGGAAUAACCUCUCAUGGGCUGGCAUACAACAUUGAUCCUGAUUUGAAGUAUUUUAAACAUAUUGUGCCUUGUGGAAUUACUGAUAAAGAAGUUACAUCUUUGAGAAGGGAGACAGCCACUGUGCUUCCGGCGGAAGAAGUCAUUCAAGAGCAGUUAAUUUCUUGUUUUGCAAGACUUUUUGGUUAUAGCACUGUCACGUGGAAGGAGAAUCCUUCAAUAUUUUCUGAUCAUGAAAGCAUAGAUUGAGUUCCAACUAAUAUUAUGUCAAAUGAUUUGACUAUGUGACCUUUGAUUUAAUCAUUCAUGGAGGAAAUAGAAUCAAAUUUGCUGAGUUUAUUA